UAUAACUCAUGCACUUCCUUUCUCUGUAGAUGUAAAGAAAAAAUCUACACAAUCUCAACAAACUUCGAAGCUGUAAAUUCCCCUAGCCGCCCCUCCUCCUCACAUUCCCUCUCAAGGGGUUUCUCAAAAAAGUAACUCAUGAGCUAACUCAGAAGGUGCAUUUAUGGAACCUUUUGUUUCUUUCUCAACCACAUAGGUACUGCAAUAUACUUUAAAGCUUGAGUACCACAGCUUUUUUCGUAAUCUAUGUCGCUCCGCAAUCUCUGACUUUCAUCCUUCUCUCUCUCUCUUUUCUCGGUUUUAGCCUACUUAAACCCUUUUACUACGUUACAGCUCUCUGACCUACUAAAUUUACAAUGGCUUCGACUGAUCAUUCCAAUGAUCAUCAGAAGCAAAGAAAACCGAUUAUGAUUCAACGGAGGCCGAUGAUGCUUAAAGAUUACCUCAGGGACGAUCUCCUGAGCUCCUGUUCAUCCAACGGUUUCAAAUCGUUUCCACGCCGACAAUGCUGCACCACCAUCCGAUUCCUUCUGGAGGUCGAUCUCAAAGCGAGCAGGAAACAACAACGACUCCGUCGAAGCCGGUCGAAGGCGCCGGCUUCCACUACCAUCUCCGCUCUGCAGAGAGCUUCGGACGCUGUGAUCAGCGCCGUCAAGAAGCAAUUGCCGUUCCACUCCCUUAAGUCUCAUUCUCCGUCCCAACGAAACGGCGAUAAAAAGGGACUUGUGCCUAGAAGCCUUUCGAGGAAGCUCUUCUUCGGAAGGAGCUUCUGGAGGAAAACCGAUAAGAGAGACAACGAUCUCAGACGGUGGAGAUUGUUCCGUGACAUUCUAAAACAACAAGAUAAACCGUCGGAUCAUCACUCCGCCACCAGUGUAGUCGGUGGCUGGGUUUCAAUGAGUACCAGCUGUAGCAGCAACACUGACAGCUGGGCUGAGAGUGAAUUUACCUCGGAGAUUUUAGGGUCUUCGAGUGGUAAAUCGGAGAGUUCAAGCGAAAACCACGUGGUGGGUAGUAAAUCGGGUCCACCGGAGAUGGAGAUCGGCAGGAGCAUAGGCGAAACAGUCUGUGAGGAUUCCAUUUCAGAAGCAACGACCGCCAACUUCUCCGGAGCUAACGCAAAGGUUUGGUCAAAUGAGAAGGAGAAGGUACAAUUCAGUCCCGUAUCCGUGCUGGAUUGUCCAUUUCACGAGGACGAUGAAGACACGAGCUCGCCUACUCCCCAUGAUAAACUUGGCCGCAUUGAAGGCACGAAGCAAAAGCUUUCCCACAAGAUGAUCCGGCAGUUUGAGUGUCUUGCUCAACUAGAACCAGUGGACUUGGAAAAACGUAUUGCGCUGUCUGCCGGCCUGAACCAUGAAGCUCCUCAUGAAUCACUCGUACAAACUUGCUCGAUGUCCACUCUGGAAAACAACACCUUCGACAACCAGACAGAGAAAAAGGCUGAAGAAUUGCUUGACCUCAUAAACACAAGGAGAUCAGUAAACGGUGCAAAAUUCAAGGCCGACAAUCUGUUGUCGGAUUUCUUUUGGGAGAGAAUUGAAGAAAAUAUUAAUGCAAGUGCAAGCACCAGUACAAGAGGUAUUGUUAAUGGAUUUGAGAGUGAGUUAUUGAAGGUGGCAGAAGAUUGGCUUAGUGGGGGGAAUCCACUGGAGUUGUUGUUGGGUUGGGAAGUGGAGGAUGGGAGAGAAGUAUAUGUUAGGGACAUGGAGAAGGGAGGGAAGUGGAGGAUAUUGGUUGAAGAAAAAGAAGAGUCGGGAUUGGAGGUUGAGUUCGAGGUUUGGAUUUCUUUGCUUGACGAGCUGGUACUUGACCUCUUUUCAUGAUCACGGUCCAUAGAUGAAUGUGUUGGCAAGUCAUUGGCUUAAUGACUAAUUACUUAAGCCAGUUAGCUAGAGGCAGGGACUUUUGACCAUUUUUUUAAUCAAAAUUAGAGGGAAAAUGGUGAGUAGAGCUGGAAAGAUUAAAGUAUAUGGAAGCAUCGAAUGAGAAAUUGAAGGAAUGAGAUCUAUUUACUUACUACAAUAGAUUUCAUUCGUUCAUUUUCUUAAUAUAUAGGAUAUAUCAAAUAAAUUUUUUUAGCAAACAUUUACAUAAUA